GAUUGGCGAUGAUCUCCGGCCAAUUGAAGAAGCUAUUGUUCAGUAGUCUCCUAGAGCCGGUCGGGAAGGGAGCAAAGUGGCAAGAUGGUGUUGGAAAGCACUAUGGUUUGUGUGGACAACAGUGAGUAUAUGCGGAAUGGGGAUUUCUUGCCGACUCGGCUGCAGGCCCAACAGGACGCUGUCAACAUAGUAUGUCACUCAAAGACUCGCAGCAACCCCGAAAACAACGUAGGCCUCAUCACACUGGCCAAUGACUGUGAAGUGCUGACCACACUCACCCCUGACACUGGCCGCAUCCUCUCCAAACUCCACACAGUCCAGCCUAAGGGCAAGAUCACCUUCUGUACUGGUAUCCGCGUGGCCCACCUGGCUCUGAAACACCGGCAGGGCAAGAAUCACAAGAUGCGCAUCAUCGCCUUUGUGGGAAGCCCCGUGGAAGACAACGAGAAGGACCUGGUGAAACUAGCUAAACGCCUCAAGAAAGAGAAGGUGAAUGUUGACAUCAUCAAUUUUGGGGAAGAGGAGGUGAACACGGAGAAGCUGACGGCUUUCGUGAACACGCUGAACGGCAAAGAUGGAACUGGCUCUCAUCUGGUCACGGUGCCUCCGGGGCCCAGCUUAGCAGAUGCCCUCAUCAGUUCUCCCAUUCUGGCUGGUGAAGGCGGCGCCAUGCUGGGGCUUGGUGCCAGUGACUUUGAAUUUGGAGUGGAUCCCAGCGCUGACCCUGAGCUGGCCCUGGCCCUGCGUGUUUCUAUGGAGGAGCAGCGGCAGCGGCAGGAGGAGGAGGCGCGGCGGGCGGCGGCCGCCUCUGCGGCCGAGGCUGGAAUUGCUACGACUGGGGCUGAAGGUGAAAGAGACUCGGACGACGCACUGCUGAAGAUGACCAUCAACCAGCAGGAGUUUGGCCGCCCCGGGCUCCCCGACCUGAGCAGCAUGACGGAGGAGGAGCAGAUCGCCUAUGCCAUGCAGAUGUCCCUGCAGGGGGCAGAGUUUAGUCAGGCAGAGUCAGCUGACAUUGAUGCCAGCUCGGCCAUGGACACAUCGGAGCCAGCCAAGGAGGAGGAUGACUAUGAUGUGAUGCAGGACCCCGAGUUCCUUCAGAGUGUCCUUGAGAACCUGCCAGGCGUGGAUCCCAACAACGAGGCCAUCCGAAACGCCAUGGGCUCCCUGGCCUCCCAGGCCACCAAGGACGGCAAGAAGGAGAAGAAGGAGGAAGAGAAGAAGUGAGAGUGGAGGGCGGCGUGGCCGAGCCUGCCUGGACUGCGCAGUGUGGGUGGAUGGUAGAGUUAGAUAUGCUGUCUGCAGCCUUUCCAACCUAAAUAAAGUUUGGCAAGUUGUUUUUUC